AUGUCUCAGACUACCGUGACGUCAUUAUACCGACGGGCCCUGAAGCAGUCGCUGGACUGGGCCGUGCAGCGAUCCCUCUGGCGCGGUCAGGCCGUCUACAUUCGCUCUCUCUUUGAUGCCAACAAGGAUAUCCGGGAUCCUCGCCAGCAGCAGAUCUUGUUGCGGGAGACGGAGAAGUUGCUGAAUGAGUGGAAGCAUCCUGACCCCUACCGACCUCCCACGGCGCCCGGUGGAAACAAGUGGGAGCGCAACCUGCCUGCCCCAAUUCUGCCGUACGCUGCGCCUCCCGGUGCUCACUAG